AUGGCUUCUAGUUCUCAAGAACAAGAAACACAAGGAUCAACUACAACAAUAGACCAACCUCCAUUGUGGGACUAUGUGAAAAAACUCGAAAAGCUUGCUGGAGCAGGAGGAUGUUGGAAGUUCAAGUGUAACCUUUGCAGUGAAACCCGACAAAGAUCAUAUUCUAGAGUUAGAGCACAUUUGCUUGGUAUAAAAGGUACUGGGAUUUCUAUUUGCAAGAAAGCAACAAUGGCUGACAAACUUAACAUGAACCAAUUAGAAGAUGCGUAUGAAAAGAAUAAAAUUGAGUCACAUGCGAAAGAAGUUCAAUUGCCAUGUGAAGUUGGUGUUGGAUUUAAGAAAAGAAAAGGUACUCCAACACCAAUUGAAAGAGCUUUUGGUGUUGAAAUUAGGGAUCAAUUGGAUCAAGAAAUAGCUAGAAUCUUUUAUACUGGAGGUUUACCUUUUAAUAUUGCAAGAAAUCCACACUAUGACAGGGCUUUUCAGUUUGCUGCUACUAACAACAUUGAUGGUUAUGUACCUCAUGGUUAUAAUAAGCUAAGAACAACAUUACUACAAAAAGAAAAAGAUAAUGUUCACAAGCUAUUGGAGCCACUUAGGUCAACAUGGAAAGAAAAAGGUGUGACUAAUGUGAGUGAUGGUUGGAGUGAUCCUCCAAGAAAACCUCUAAUCAAUUUCAUGGCUACCUCAGGUAAUGGUCCUUUGUUUCUAAAGGCAGUGAAUUGUUUUGGGGAAGUGAAAGAUAGAUUUUUUAUUGUUGAAUUGAUGAAAGAAGUCAUCAAUGAAAUUGGUCAUGAAAAAUGUGUGCAAAUCAUUACUGACAACGCAACAAAUUGUAAGGCGGCUAGAGAGAUUAUAGAGAGUCAGUUUCCUCACAUCUAUUGGACACCAUGUGUCGUUCAUACACUUAAUCUUGCUUUGAAGAAAAUUUGUUCACCAAGGAAUGUGGAAACAAAUGAUCUAACAUAUGAACAUUGCAGCUGGAUAAAAGAAGUUCACGAAGAGGCGUUUGCAAUAAAAAAUUUCAUCAUGAGACUCUCGAUUUUCACCAAGUUUACUCCUCUUAGGUUGCUUUCUGUUGCUGGCAGUCACUUUGCCUCCAUCAUUGUGAUUCUUAAGAGAUUAAAACUUAUCAAAAGGGGUCUUCAAACCAUGUUCAUAAGCAAAGAAUGGUCUUCUUAUAGAUUAGAUGACACUGAGAAAGCAAACGCUGUGAAAGAAUAUAUUUUGAAUGAUGAUUAG